AGGAAGGGGAAGCGAGCCCGCCGAGAGGUGGCGGGGGCUGCUCACGCCGAGGGCCACAGCGGCCGCGCUCCGGCCGCGCUCCGCCGCUGCGCGCCCCGCGGGGCCAGCCCGGCCGGGCGGGGAUGCUGGGGCCGCGGGCGCCGUGGCUGUGCUGCUGGUGGUGGGGGCUGCUGUGCAGCUGCUGCGGGCCCCCGCCUCUGCCCGCCGCCGCCGCCGCCGGGGGGGCGCUGCUGGGGGACGGCGGGAGCCGGGGCCACGCGGAGCCCACGCCGCCGCCGCCGCCGUCCUCCUCCUCCUCCUCCACCUCCUCCUCCUCCACCACCUCCUCCUCCUCCACCACCUCCUCCUCCUCCGGCUUCCUCUACCGGCGGCUCAAGACGCACGAGAAGCGCGAGAUGCAGAAGGAGAUCCUGUCGGUGCUGGGGCUCCCGCACCGGCCCCGGCCCCUGCACGGCCUCCCGCCGCCGCAGCCCGCGGCGUUCCCGCAGCAGCAGCCUCGCGGGGAGCCCCCCCCGGGGCGGCUGAAGUCCGCGCCCCUCUUCAUGCUGGAUCUGUACAACGCCCUGGCCGCCGCCGACGACGAGGGCUGGGAGGCGGACGAGCAGAGGCGGCCGCGCGGGCCCCGCGGAGGGGCCGGCUCGUCCCCGCCCCGGCGGCCGCCCCCCGGCGCGGCGCCCCCGGGCGGCAGCAGGAGCCUCGUGGCCGCGGGACCCGGCGGCGGCGGCGGCGGCGGCGCGUCCGCACUGACCAGCGCGCAGGACAGCGCCUUCCUCAACGACGCGGACAUGGUCAUGAGCUUCGUGAACCUGGUGGAGUACGAGAAGGAGUUCUCCCCUGGCCAGCGACACCACAAAGAGUUCAAGUUCAACUUAUCCCAGAUUCCUGAGGGUGAGGCGGUGACGGCUGCAGAAUUCCGAAUCUACAAGGACUGUGUUGUGGGGAGUUUUAAAAACCAAACUUUUCUUAUCAGCAUUUAUCAAGUCUUGCAGGAGCAUCAGCACAGAGACUCUGACCUAUUUUUGUUGGACACCCGCAUGGUGUGGGCCUCAGAAGAAGGCUGGCUGGAAUUUGACAUCACAGCCACUAGCAAUCUGUGGGUCGUGACCCCACAGCACAACAUGGGGCUACAGCUGAGCGUGGUGACUCGGGAUGGACUCCCCAUCAACCCCCGAGCCGCAGGCCUGGUGGGCAGAGAUGGGCCUUACGACAAGCAGCCCUUCAUGGUGGCCUUCUUCAAAGUGAGUGAGGUCCACGUGCGCACCACAAGGUCGGCCCCCGGUCGGCGCCGCCAGCAGAGCCGCAAUCGCUCUACCCAGUCCCAGGAUGUGUCACGGGUCUCCAGCGCCUCAGAUUACAACAGCAGUGAGUUGAAAACGGCCUGCAGGAAGCAUGAGCUGUAUGUGAGCUUCCAAGACCUGGGAUGGCAGGACUGGAUCAUUGCACCCAAGGGCUAUGCCGCCAACUACUGUGAUGGAGAAUGUUCCUUCCCACUCAACGCGCACAUGAACGCGACGAACCACGCCAUCGUGCAGACGCUGGUCCACCUCAUGAAUCCUGAGUACGUCCCCAAACCGUGCUGCGCGCCAACUAAGCUGAACGCCAUCUCCGUUCUUUACUUUGAUGACAACUCCAAUGUCAUCUUGAAAAAAUACCGGAAUAUGGUUGUCAGAGCUUGUGGAUGCCACUAACUCCUCAAAACCAGCUGCUGGGGACACACACACAGCCUUGGGUUCCCAGAUAACAUCUGCCUUAAAAAAACAAAAAACAAAAAAAAACAAAAACAAAAAAAAGGAGGACGGGGACGGGGGAGGCGCGGCCUUGAAGGGGCCCCAGGCCGGUUGGUGCCCCGCUGCCCCAGCGGCUUCCCAGGGCCUCCGAAGAAUUUGCUCACACGGUCAAGGGCGCGGGUAGUCGCUGGUGUGCGGGGAGCAGGGUUUGGACGUCGGCGGUAGAGUCUGGUAACGACAGAAGCAUCGCUUUGAGGCCCCCCCCCCAAGAGCCCACCCAAACUAGCUUUAGCUUUAGAUGAAGCUAUUUGUGGUGUGAGUGAACAGGGGAAAUGACCCUAAGAGGAGGAAGAGUGAUCUUGGCUGAGGCGCCGGCCCGGUCCGGAGUUUGUCACAACUGGAACUGGGUGGGGGGCUGCCCCCCCGAGAAGGGCAGUUCAUGCAGGUGUGCGGCCCAGGCCGCCCCCGGGGCCGCGUGGAAGUGCCUUUUCUGUCGCUGCCCUUAGCAGGGUGGAGGCCCGCGGGUGUGGGACACAGAUUUCGGUUGAGCAGCUGUGUCACUCCCACACCUCGGCCCGUCCCCCCAUUGGUGGCCCCGCACACCGGUGCUGGCCACGGACCGCGCCCCGAGGCCGGCCCUGCCCCUCUCGGGUUCUGGAAAAAGCACAUUAGCCCCAGGAAGGCCGGCUCUAGGAUUUCACCCAUUUCAGGAAAACGGUCCCUUGCCUUUUCCUCGACCGCGUGCCGGGUGGCGGGGUCAGACCCAGCAAAGGAGAGGAAACGAGGAAGGCGACCCCCGCCACCAGGAGGGGUCCAGCGGGCUUGCCCUUAUGAACCCGAAUCCCAGUUUCUCUUGUAGAAAGGAAGACUCGGAAGAAACCGUAGAAUAUUUUUAAAGUGUUUUUUCACAAUCAUGUACUAGGAAGCCAAUUUCAUACUAAACUGAUUAAAUAAUACAUUUAUGAUCUAAAACUGUUUGCACUUACAGCUUUUUUGUAAAUAUAAACUAUAAUUUAUUGUCUAUUUUAUAUCUGUUUUGCUGUAACAUUUAAGGAGAGACCAGACUUUUUUUUUUUUUAAAAAAAGAGUUUAUUUAGAAAGUAUCAUAGUGUAAACAAAUUGUACCACUUGGAUUUUAAUACAAGACUCAUGAUGCAAAGCUGAAGCCACUCAUGAGGAUUGUGCUUCUCUAGAAAGUUGGGGUUUUAAGAGGACAUCUGUGAACCAUACAUAAUUAAUAAAGAUUUCCUUUAAGGCAGAGGCUGGCCGAGAUCCUGCUCUGUGGUCUCCUGCCCCAGACAGCAGACGUGGUUCUGUUUCUCAGAGUCCCACCACCAGUUACUGGGUGUCCACGGACCGCACCCACCCCGAGCAUGGGAAGUGGGGCAGAGCGUGUGGGAAAUGGAGGGUUGUUAUGAGAAGGGAGUCGAUGGCAAAGGACAUACAGGUCCGUAUCCUAAGGGAGCCUAGCCCGAAGGGAGCCUAUUUUCCAGUGUGAAAUGCUCAACCGCCAGGACGGCGUGGCUUACACUGGUUCCGCACGGGUGGCGACGUGGCCUGUGCCGCCCUGGCCCAGCACCCCCACCCCCCACCCCCCACCUCAGUCUUUGGGUCUUGAGGCCAACUUAAUCGCGCUCUCCCCAUGGCGGAGAGCAGCCCAGUCAGCCUCUCAAUGACUUAGAAGCAGAAUCUGGAGCCGCUUCCAGCGGGGGCUCCGCAGAGCAGAGCGGGGCUGGAGGGCCUCCCCGGUCCCCGUACCCAGGUGGCAAAUCCAACCAGAAACGUUCUGGGAGGUGACAGGACAGUCAGGACAAGCCUCGUGGAACUUCCUUGCCCACAUUUUCUGUGGGAGAUGUCAAGUCUUAACGUUCACAUGGACUCUAGGCUUCAUGAGGACCUAACUAAAGACAUCUCUCAUGAGAUUUCCCAUGACUGACAGAGGCAUCCACACACACGCACACACACGCACACACACGCACGCACGCACACGGUUAUGGCACCAACAUUCUCUUAUUCAGGCACGUGUCAGAAAUCCCACUGCUCUCAUUACAAUGGCUGAGCUCUGCGAUGAAAGAAGCGUUGAGAGAGGCAGCAAAGCCGGGGGUGGGCGUGGAGGUAUCUUCCAGAGGCCUGGGGUUUCUGUUUUUAGAUCUGCUCCAAGCUAGUGACCAAGCACGCGAUCAGUCAGUUUUGCCCUUCAGAUCAGAGGAACAGCACUACUG